UCAGACGGUUCAGACGCACGUGUGGCCGCACUGAUUGGCACGAGGCUCUCGCUGCUGGGCUUGUCGGCCAUCAUUUACUACUCGGUUUCUGGUGGCCCUUAUGGUGCUGAGGAUGCAGUCUCCUCUGCUGGGCCGCUGCUGUCACUGGCAGGCUUCUUGGUGAUGCCGCUGGUUUGGUCUUUGCCUGAAGCCCUGAUCACUGCGGAGUUGGCCACCACCUUCCCGAGCAAUGCGGGUUUCGUAGAGUGGGUCACGGCAGCCUUUGGACCUUUCUGGGGCUUUCAGGAAGGUUUUCUCUCCUGGAUCAGCUCUGUCGCGGAUGCGGCGUUGUAUCCCGUGCUCUUCCGUCAGUACUUGGUUCAGCUGUGGCCAAACAUGUCUGGAGGGAUCUCUGGGCAAAUCUUCGUUGCGGCGGUGACGCCCCUUGAUCCGGAUGACGCGGAUCGCUUGGGUUUGUUCAUGUCUAGCGUGGUCUCUGAAGUGGCAUGGUCCGACUUCCUGAAUUGCCUCUUUUGGAAUCUCAACUACUGGGAUACAGCAUCCACUCUAGCUGGAGAGGUGCAAGAUGUCAGCACGACUUAUCCCAAAGCCUUGGGUGUGGCCAUGGUGGCUGUGGUCCUCUCCUACUUCUUGCCGCUGCUUGUGGGGCUUGGCAUCUCUGGUGCUACCUCCGAUUGGCGAAACUGGCAAGAUGGAGAGUUUGCGCUGAUGGGCCGAAGGUCUUGGGUGAUCACCGGCGCAGCCGUGAGUUGCCUGGGCCAGCAGCUGUCGGAGAUGGCCGAGGCGGCCUUUCAAUUGCAAGGCUUGCGCGGGUGGCGAAGCGAGCGGUGCGCCCGCGGCACGGUGCAGGGCGCGUGGUCAGAGAUGAUGUUGAGGUUGAGCGGCAGUUUCCAAGAUGGACCCACACGCAGACUAGUCCUCAGCGUUUUCUCCAGUUUCAACGCCAUCAUCAACAUGCUGAACUCCGUGUACUGCGUGGCGCAGGUCAUUGAGUUCUCAGCCUUUCUUCAUUUGCGAAGAGAUUGGUUUCAAGUCGCCUCACUGCUGGGCUCCAUCCUGUCGCGGGCUCAGCAGGGACGAAGCGGCGAACCGGGGUGUUUGGUUGGGCAAGCGAAUUUGAGCCAGUUCCACAGGUUGGGUCUUCUUCUCUACCAUCUCUUGGAACUUUCCCGGAGAUCCCUGGCCGGUGAGUCCGUCACAAGUCACGAGCAGAAGUCCGGCGGGUGGGAUCCACAGCCACCCUUUGAGAAGGCAUUUGGGGGGGGUGGCCCAAUUCUGAAGAUAGGACGAGGAUGGCUGACCUUCUAUAGGUGUCCACCCGGCGGCUUAGAGGACAUCCUCGCCCAGCGGCCGAACGAGUCCCUUUGGGCACUUGGGCCGAAGGUGGAGUCGCUGGUGGACGAUGCCAAUGACACCCAGGCGCUGCCACUCUCCUGGCGCGCGGAGCUCUCGCAAUCUCUGGGGCGCCUCUAG